GACGUUACAUGACAUGCGUCACUUUCGUUUAAAUUUUUUCGCGAAAAAUUCGAAUUUCGUUUAUUCUGGUCUCAAAAUUUCGAAGCAUUAAGGUAAAAAACCCCCAAAUUGUCGUAAACCACCUUUAUUGUAAUCUCCACGUGUCGCUUAAAAGGCCGUCAAAUUCCUUGCAAUACAAAGAAGGCACGUCGUUGUUGACGAAAAAUCGAAUCGCAUUUUUCCUUGACAACUUGCACAUGUUGACAUGAACGUAAGGGAACGUCUGAAAGAGGCAUAUGAGAGCGUUUCUUUCAGUGCCGAUCGAACCUGGGCGAACGUGCCAAAUGCAUUCCACGCGAGUAACUUGGAAUUACACUUGACUGAGAGGUUUUUGCAAAGUCAGAAGUUGCACCGAUUUAGGCCUCGGACCGUCAGAGAGAGCAUUCCGAGGAGCAGAUUGGCUCAAUAUGUGAACUGCGUCUACAAUGAGUCGAGGGAAAUGUCAUAUGCUGCGAAUAGUUCGUUCAAUGAGACACAUCUGUCACCGAGUAGCGAGCCCACCGAAGCCUGGGAGAUGCCCGAAGUGAGGGAGUUGUACAAGUGGUUUUUGAAAAAGCCUGAAGAUGAUUUUUCCAGGAUUGAAGGACGAUACGAGUCUCCUUUACUCAACGUCUCCGGCUUCGAAGACAAGAUUUUGAAAAUACAAAUCACCGAAGACAGAGUUAGAAACAUCUGGAACAGCGAGUUUUACCAAUUCGGGGAACCACGCGUCAAAACCGAUCAAAUCAUAGUCAAUUUCUUCACUUCGCCGAUGAGCAACAUCUUCCUUUUUAACAAUGACUCGGGGUACGACUACGAAUGGUUCCGAAACAUCUCCAUUACUAAGGAUUUCGACCAGUUGGAGCAACUGUCAAACGCCUUCAAGGAGCAAAUUAGUUCAAUAGCGAAAUUUUUGAGCAGUAGUAACGAGCCUCCCCCUCCUAGUGAGCCAAUCUCGAAUGAGAUUUUGUACUCCGAGGUCCUCCAAGGUCUCUCCCCAAGUCGCAAACUCUCGUUCAAAUGUGACCAUAACCGAGACGAAACCUCCUCGACUAGCCAAGAAAGCUUCACAAAUUACACGAUUCUGAAUCAGAAACCGGGCCAAGAAGACCCGAAACAAAAAUUACAAAAGACAGUCCACCUUCCACCAGACUCUAGGUACCAAACGCGGACCACCAUCCACCCCUGCGUCCAACAAGCGUACUUUUAUUCCCCCGUUCAAAGGUGGAUCACCCCAAGUGUGACAUCCUAUUACCCCACGCAAGUCUUUACUUCGAGUUGGGUCACGCAGAACCCACUCGUGAAUCGGCUCUUGGGGACGGCCAUCACGAGUGAAAGCGAAAAUCAGGUGGAAGAAGAAGUGCUCGAGGAGCACCGAGUCUCCACUAGCGUCUCCGAAGAGUUGGAAAUUCAAGCGUUGGAGCAAUACAGCAACUCGAAUGAGAAUUUCUACCAGGAGUUGGAGAGACAAGCAGCCGAGCAGUACGCGAGCUCCCCCGAAUAAAUUUUAAACUUAAUUUUUAAGCAAUAAAUCAAAAUUUAAUUU